CCUAUGAAUGAAAAUGUUGCAGUAUGAAAAGCACAGCUUACUAGGUACGGUAUGUGUAUGUUUGUGUGUAAUGAAAAAAAUGGGAAGCAAUCAAAAAGCAUUCGCUGCUCCUUGAGAAAACAUUCAGCAACUGCAAAGACCUGGGGACAUUUUAAAAAGAAAGAAAGAAAGGUCACGUGAUCACUCAGUCAUUUCCAGGAAUGGAAACUCCCAGUGGCUGAAAACUGAGAAAGCGAAACUUAACUUGUGUGAGGGAGCCAUGGCUGCUGCAGGGGGUCACAUCCAGCGUCUCCGUGAUGAAGCUACUUGCUCCAUCUGCCUGGAUUACUUCAAGGAUCCAGUGACCAGCCCAGAGUGUGGGCACAGCUUCUGCCGAUCCUGCCUGAUCGAGUGCUGGGGGGAAUCGGAGGCAGAGGCUUCCUGCCCUGAAUGCAGACAAAGAGUUCAGAGAAGGAGCCUCAUCUCCAAUCGGCAACUGGCUAACAUGGUAGAAUUAAUCGAGAAUCUCAGCGUUCAAGAGGGAAAGGGAGACGGAGGAGUCUGCAAGGAGCACAAGGAGCCCCUGAAGCUCUUCUGCAAAGUCCACGAAGCCCCCAUCUGCGUGGUGUGUGACAGAUCAAAGGAACAUGAAAAUCACAAGGUGAUUCCUCUGGAGGAGGCUUUCGAGGAGUACAAGGGAGAGAUCUGUCACCGCCUGGAGAUUCUGAGGAAAGAGAGAGAGGAAAUUCUGGCCUAUCAAGAAGAUCUAGUCAAGAAGAGCAAAGACCUCCUUAAAUUAACAGAAAUGGAGAGGCUGAAGACUGAGGAGAAGUUCAAAGAACUGCGCCAGUUCCUGGAAGAACAGGAAAAAUGUCUGCUGAAUCAUGUGGAAGAGGUGGAGAAGGAGAUUGCAGGGAGAAGGGAUGAGCAGUUGGCAAAACUCUCCAGGAAACUCUCCUCUCUUGAGAAGAUCAUCCAGGAGAUGGAGGAAAAGUGUCAGCAGCCAGCGAGUGAACUCCUGCAGGAUAUGAGAAGCACCUUGCAGAGUUAUGAGAAAAGAGAGAGUCCAGUGAAGCCACUGGCUUUCCUUCCAGAACUGAGGAACAGGAUCUUGGAAACCUGUGAUCUAAAUCACCUUGUGGAGCAUACAAUGAAACAAUGGAAAGAUGCUCUGUUAUUUGGAAAAAAGCUUCAGAAAGCAAAUGUCACUCUGGAUCCAGACACAGCCCAUCCUGACCUCAUCCUGUCCAAGGAUCGGAAAAGACUGAGAAGGGGAGACGAAAAGCAAGCCCUGCCUGACAAUCCUGAGAGAUUCAAUGAGCAGCCUUGUGUGUUGGGACGUGAGGGAUUCACAGUAGGCAGACAUUUCUGGGAAGUCAAUGUGGAAAGUGAGUCAGGGUGGGAUGUGGGGGUUGCCAGGAAGUCUGUGAGGAGAAAGGGAAUCUUCUGCCUAUGUCCUGAGGAGGGGGUCUGGGCUGUGGGGAAGUGGAAAGGUGCGUACUUGGCCUCCACCUCCCCUGGUCUCACUACUCUUUAUCUGAGGGAGAAGCUCAGGAGGAUCCGGGUGACUCUGGAUUAUGGAGAGGGAGAGGUUUCUUUUUCUAACGCUGACUCAGGAGCCAAACUCUACACGUACUCAGGAGUCUCGUUCUCUGGAGAGACCCUCCUCCCUUACUUUCUUCUGUGGGGGAAUAAAACCCACUUCAGUAUCUCCUGAGGAGACUAAAUCUGCCUCUCAGGCCCAGCAUGAGUUUCUCUCCAGACCAGAGUGACCGAUAUAAAAAAACAUUUACCCACCAAGAGCACGCUGGGCAGUUUUUCAAGGGGACCUUUGAGGGGAUUCAUUAGUCAAAAUCAGCAGAAAUAACAAAACAAAAAUGGAUUGUUGUUGCUUUGCAUUUUCCUUCCUUUCCCCACAAUUCCCUCUGCAGCUUACUUCUUAAAGAGACAGUCACACUUUUAGCUGUCCCAAUAAAUAAUCUUUUCCUCAAAUGGACUCCCUCACCUUCAAUCUUGUUUUGCUUUUGAGAUGUUUGAUUUGGCAGAGGGCGAGACUCUUAACCCCAGGGUUGUGGGUUUGAGCCCCACAUUCGGCAAAUGUUUCCUGCACUGCAGGAGGUGGGAUUAGAUGACCCUUGGGACCCCUCACAACCCUGCAAUUCCAGGAUACUUUCCUCUCCCCAUAAGACCUUAUGCAGCUGAAAAAAUCAUGCAUAAUUGGAUUAGUAGAUGACUAAAAAAUGAACCCCUUUACCCACGUCAGGAAGGAUAGUUCCUUGCUCUGGAGACCUUAGACAGGAAGAAAAUGAAAAAGAAACUGAACAGGGUGUCAGCUGCAAAUGCCCUCUGCAAAUACAUCCUCGCAAUCUCCACACAUUGUCUGAUUUCGAUGCUGCCCAUUUGGUGAUAUCCAUGUGUAGAGUCGUCUCUUGUGUUGUUGGAAAAGAGUGUUUGUGAUGACCAGCUUGUUCUCUUGACAGAACUCUAUUAGCCUUUGCCCUGCUUCAUUUUGAACUCCAAGGCCAAACUUGCCAGUUGUUCCUUUUAUCUCUUGAUUCCCUACUUUAGCAUUCCAAUCCCCUGUAAUGAGAAGAACAUCCUUCUUUGGUGUCAUUUCUAGAAGGUGUUGUAGGUCUUCAUAGAAUUGGUCAAUUUCACUUUCUUCAGCACCGGUAGUUGAUGCAUAAACUUGGAUUACUGUGAUGUUAAAAGGUCUGCCUUGGAUUCGUAUCGAGAUCAUUUUGAGAUUGCAUCCCAUUACAGCUUUUGCCACUCUUUUGUUGACUAUGAGGGCCACUCCAUUUCUACUACGGGAUUCUUGCCCACAGUAGUAGAUAUGAUAGUCAUCCGAACUGAAUUCGCCCAUUCCCUUCCAUUUUAGUUCACUGAUGCCCAGGAUGUCGAUAUUUAUUCUUGCCAUCUCAUUUUUGACCACAUCCAGCUUACCAUUAUUCAUGGUUCUUACAUUCCAGGUUCCUAUGCAAAAAAUUUCUUUACAGCAUCAGACUUUCCUUUCGCUUCCAGGCAUAUCCGCAACUGAGCGUCCUUUCGGCUUUGGCCCAGCCGCUUCAUCAGCUCUGAAUCUACUUGUACUUGUCCUCCGCUCUUCCCCAGUAGCAUGUUGGACGCCUUCUGACCUGAGGGGCUCAUCUUCCAGCGUCAUAACUUUUAUAUACCUGUUGUCUUUGUCCAUGGAGUUUUCUUGGCAGGGAUACUGGAGUGGCUUGCCAAUUCCUUCUCCAGGUGGAUCACGUUUGGUCAAAACAUAACUUCUCCAAGUUAUUUAAGCCCCUUCGCCCCGACAAGGCAGUGAUCCAUGAAGGAUCCAUAGAACUGAGCAAAUGCCAUUAUUCCAUGAGGUUGCAAAGCAGAGAGAGUUAGAAACCAAUAGGGGUUAUUCUAUCACUGUGGCUCAGAGCUGCCUUGGACUCUUCUGCAACUGUCACCUAGUAACAGUCACUCCAUCAAGCUCCCUGCACUGUUUCUACCUGAACUGUCAUUAUAACUUUAAGAACUAGUACCUGAGCUUGUUCCUUUCCUUCUCCUUCCCCAUUCCCCUUUCCUUUUAUGUCUCCUAUUUUAGCUUGUUUUUCGUUGAUCUUUGAAACCAUUCUUAUUUCCUCACAAACAGAUGCCUAUGUUCAAAGAAAGUGGUUUGAGAAGCACAUUCACACUAAUGUGGGACUUGAACCCGUGAUCCUGUGAUUAAGAGCCUUAUGUUCUACCGUCUCAGGAAAAGCUUCCUGUCUAAAAUCCUGGAGAGCUGCUACUAGUCAUUGUUGACCACACUGAACUAGGUGGAUGAUGAUGAUGAUGAUGAUGAUUUAUUUAUACCUGGGCAGCGUGGGCCUAAACAGGGCGGACCACUUUGGCAAUGCUGAAAGCGUCUGUUUCAAUCUGAAGUUACUUUCCAGCAUCCUAAAAUGAAUUAAGUUAGAAUUAGCAACCAGACUUUUAGGAGUUCUCUUCACGGAAUCGGGUCCCGUUUGCUAAAUUAGAACUCCCAUCCAUUUAGGGCAGAGGCAAAUUUUCUAGAAUUCAAAAAUGACAAGGAAGCCUUUGAAUGAAAAUGUUACAGUAUGAAUACCACAACUUACUAGGUAUGUGUGUUUUUGUGUCUAAUGAAAAACAUGCGAAGCAGUCAAAAAGCAUUCGCUGCUCCUUAAGAAAACAUUCAGCAACUGUAAAGACGUGAGGACAUAUUUUUUUUAAGAUAAAGAUCACGUGAUCACUGUUUACAGGUAGGUAGCUGUGUUGGUCUGCUGUAGUCGAAACAAAAUAAAAAAAAAUCCUUCCAGCAGCACCUUAGAGACCAACUAAGUUUGUCACUGGUAUCAGCUUUUGUGUGCAUGCACACUUCUUCAGAUACACUGAAACAGAAGUCACCAGACCCUUAUAUAUAGUGAGAGGGUGGGGAGGGGCAUUACUCAGAAGGGUGGUGGGAAUGGGUGAUUGGCUGAUAGGUGUGGUGAACCUGUUGAGGACUGUUAACUGCAAUUGGUCUUACAAGGAAAAAGCAAGAGGUGAGGUGGCUAAAAAUAGCUCUAUCACUGAGACAUUUCCAGGAAAGGAAGAUCCCAGUGGCUGAAAACUGAGAAAGCGAAACUGAACUCGGGUCUUCAGCAAGAAGGAGCCAUGGCUGCUGGUGGGGGUCACAUCCAGCGUCUCCGUGAUGAAGUCACUUGCUCCAUCUGCCUGGAUUUCUUCAAGGAUCCAGUGAUCAUCCAGUGUGGGCACAACUUCUGCCGGUCCUGCCUGAUCCGGUACUGGGGGGAAUCGGAGGCAGAGGCUUCCUGCCCUCAGUGCAGACAAAGAGUCCAGAGAAGGAGCCUCAUCUCCAAUCUGCAACUGGCUAACAUGGUAGAAAUAGCCAAGAAUCCCAUCCUUCAAGAGGGAAAGAAGGAAGGAGGGGGGAAAGGGAGAGUCGGUGUGGAAGAGGAUUUCAAGGUAGGAGAUCCCUUGAUCUUGAGGGGGGAAAUAGCUGUGGAUUCUUCUUGGGAGGUUUUCUUUUAAUUCUCAGGUCCAAAGCAGGCAUGGCAUGAAUUAGUGGUGGUUUCUUAUGCAAAAAGCAGACCAGGGGGAGCCUGAGGGCUCCUGGGAUGACUGAGAGGAGGGAAACAAAAUAAAAAAUUCCUUCCAGUAGCACCUUAGAGACCAACUAAGUUUGUCAUUGGUAUGAGCUUCCGUGUGCAUCCACACUUCUUCAGAUACACUGAAACAGAAGUCACCAGACCCUUAUAUAUAGUGAGAGGGUGGGGAGGGGUAUUACUCAGAAGGGUGGUGGGAAUGGGUGAUUGGCUGAUAGGUGGGGAAAACCUGUUGACGACUCUUAAGGACUGCAAUUGGUCUUAUAGGAAAAAGCAAGGGGUGAGAUGGCUAAAAAUAGCUUUAUAUUGUACUGUAUAAUGAGAUAGGGAGGAGAGGAGGGAGUUGAAGUCUUUCUCUCUGCCAAGGGGACGAAGGGAUCUCCCUUGAUAUCCCUGAGUAGCAUCUGCAAAGACUAGGUGGAAGUCGGUAAGCAAGGGGUGACCCAACUGGGAUCCUGAGCCCCACAGGGGUGCUGCAGAAAAUAAGGUAGCUGGUGCAGGUUGUCAUGGACCCAAAAAGGUUGAAAACCUAUGGACUUUUAUUUCCUCCAGUAAAUUACUUUGCUAUUAUAGCAAGGCCACUGGUCGCAAGAAGCCAUCAUACUGAUAUUUAUCAUUUACUGAUAUUUCAAUAUUUCAGACUGAUAUUUCAUUCAUCUUGUCUCUGUGUCUUAAUCAAACCUGAGUUUUCCCUUUUCUCUUUAGGGACCGAUCUGUAGCUGCCCUCAGAAAGGUAAAUAUCCAGGGGUGGAAUAAUUCCACAGGAGGGAUGGGGACUGAUAUUUCAUGGGUGUUGAACUGUCUAUUAUGCAGAGUUUGGGACCCCCAUCAAUGGCGUAACUCUGGGUAACAGUCCUCUAGUGGUGUUUGGGUUCUUUGUAUGUCUCAUGAAUGAACAGGGUGUGGGAAUUCAGUUCCACCUUAAGGUACAGGCAUGUAGCUGUUGUAUGUCACAUGUCUGUCUGUGCACUUCCAUUGUAUAUUGCUUUUGCUUUUGCUCUGCUGUGCUGAUGAAGAAGGAGAGGACAUGUUUUUCUCUCUCCUGAGAUAUGCUUAAUAAACGCCUGUAAAUAUGCCAACACGUGUUUCUCUUUCUCUGUGGCCGCACAAGCUACGUGAACUCUGCAACAGCGUGCCUAGGUUCUCCGAGUCUAGGUCGAUAUCUCUAACUGCACUGGAGGGUGAGAUACCUGGCAGGCCGGCCGGAAGGACAUGGGAGCCCUGGCUCUCCAUGGUGUUUGUGAACACUGGGAGGGGGUUUGAAGGCUUGGGUUGGGGGCAGAGCUUGACCCUGUGAAGAACCUGCACACCAGACUGACUUCCACUCCUUUGUUUUCCCUCCACACAAUCUGGAGAGGUUCUUUUGGGGCUUCUCGAGAUUUGCUUGGAAUUCCCAUUGUGAAAUGUGUUAAAAAGGGCACCCGCAAGCACCCAGUCCCUCCUCCACUUUCUGCCCAGGCUGGUCUCCCAGGAGCAGAGUCAAGGCCUGAGCCGCCUCUUCCUCAGUUUCAACCUCACCAGCCAUUUCUCAUGCUUCAGCCAUCCCAAUCUCCUCAGAGUUCCCACAGUUCUUAGGAGAUCAGCCCCAUUCCAUGAGGGACGACUCCCAAUUGCACAAGACAUAGCUGCCAAGUACCCCGUAUUCCCUGGGAAACCCCCAUUUUUCCUUACCAUUUCCCGGCGGUCUCCCGUUUGAGCUCCUCUCCCGUAAAUCUCCCUUAAAUCCGCUCCUGCCAGCAGCCACUUUUCUGGUGCCGGUUUGCCCAUCUAUGGGCACCAGAAAAUGGCCGUCGCUGGCGCCGGAAAUAGUUUCUACG